UUGGAGGAUAACGAGUGGUUAGCUAAGAGGUUUACCAUUAGAGAUACAUGGAUACCAGCCUACUUUAUGGAUAUAUCUCUUGCGGGCUUGCUCCGAACCACUUCAAGGUCAGAAAGUGCAAAUUCUUUUUUCAACCGUUUCAUUCAUCGUAGGCUUGCUUUUGUUGAGUUCUGGCUUAGGUUCGACACAGCUUUAGAAUGCCAACGUGAGGAAGAAUUAAUGGCAGACAACAGAAGCAUGCAUACCACCCCACAACUAUUUACGCCAUGGACAAUGGAGAAACAAGGUAGUGAGGUAUUCACAUAUGAGGUAUUCGAGAAAUUUCAGCUACAAGUUAUUGCUGCUAGAGAUCAUUGUUGUGUUCAGGGUAUUACACAAGGUGUGGGGUUAAAAACGGUGACCCUGAGAGGUCGAUCUGGUAAGGUUAGGGAGGUCUCCUAUGACACUACAACCAUGAUAGCAAAUUGUCCGUGCAAGUUAUUUGAGUCAAUCGGUAUUCCAUGUCGACAUAUUAUCCAAGUGUUGAGGAUUGAGAACCAAAAUGAACUUCCCAACUAUUACAUUAUGAAAAGAUGGCAGAAACGGUGCAAGAGGGAGAAUGUUUAUGAUGAACAGGGGAACCUACUAGAAGAAAAGCCCACAGAUUCACUAGAUGCAGCCACGAGAAAGAAGAUUUCGACUGUACGUGAUAAGAUGGAAGAGUUGAUUCAAAAGGCAAAGCACUCAAAUGAAGGCAUGGACUUCUUAACAUCAAGUGUGUUGAGCAUUGAGGCGCCUUUAGACCAAAUGGUCCCUGCAGCCACACAGAACACUAGGCAAGACGAAUAUGAGGCUUUUAUUGGUUGUAAUAUUCCUACAGAAGUUGAUAUACAUCCACCAACUGAUGUUCGUACCGUGGGGAGAUGCAAAAGAAUAAAGAGUGGAAAGGAGAUCAAGGAGGGUGAUAGGAAAAGGAAGGACAAAGAAGCGAAGUUAAAGGUUGCACGCUUGUGCAAGACAUGCAAGCAAAUGGUGUUUCAUGAUAGUCGCAAUUGUCCAAGCAAAACUAUUCAAGGGAAAAGGAGCUUGAUUGCGGAAGAUGUGCAACCAAAUGGUGCUUCCUGAUAUGAAAAAUUG